AUGGAUGUUCAUCCUCCGCUUGCUAAACUGCUUAUCACUCUCGCGGGCUGGCUUGCUGGUUUCGAUGGUGAAUUCGAUUUCAAGGACAUUGGAAAGGAUUACCUCGAACCGGGGGUUCCAUAUGUCGCCAUGCGCUUGUUGCCCGCCAUUUUGGGCGUUUUGACCGUGCCGCUCAUGUUCCUGACGCUGAAGGCUACCGGUUGUCGGACCUCGACGGCAGUGAUGGGAGCUGUUUUGGUCACGUUUGAUAACGCCCUGACUACUCAGUCCCGCUUCAUUCUUCUCGACUCGCCGCUCGUGUUUUUCACUGCCCUCACAGCCCUGUCAUUUCUUAGCUUUACGAAUCAACAUGAGCAAGGCCCUUCGAAGGCUUUUCGGGGUCCCUGGUGGUUUUGGCUGGCUCUCACCGGCCUUUCGUUAGGUGCGACGCUCAGCGUGAAAUGGGUUGGACUUUUCACAACUGCCUGGGUUGGCUCUCUCACUGUUCUCCAACUUUGGGUUCUUCUGGGCGACACAAGAACGGUGACUCCGCGUCUGUGGUUCAAGCACUUUUUUGCUCGGUUUUUUUGCCUUAUCAUCAUUCCUAUCGGUUUUUACGUCGGAACGUUUGCGAUUCACUUCCUCUGCUUGGUGAAUCCGGGAGACGGGGACGGUUUUAUGUCUCCUGAAUUUCAAGCGACGCUUAACUCCAAAGGCAUGCAAGACGUCCCAGCCGAUGUUGCGUUUGGUUCCCGAGUCACUAUCCGUCACCUAAACACGCAGGGUGGCUAUCUGCAUUCCCACGGGCAUAUGUAUCCGACCGGAAGCAAACAGCAGCAAGUUACGCUGUAUCCGCACAAAGAUGAGAACAACCUUUUCCUCAUAGAGAAUGCGACGCAGCCUCUUGGUCCUUACGGCGAGGUACAAGGCCCGUUCGCAUGGGAUAACCUGACCGCCGAGUAUAUCCAAGAUGGAGCCACGAUAAGGCUGUACCACCUCAUGACACACAGGAGAAUCCACUCCCAUGACAUCCGCCCCCCGAUCACGGAGGCCGAUUGGCAGAAUGAGGUUUCUGCUUACGGGUAUGAGGGCUUCCCUGGAGACGCCAACGAUCUCUUCCGUGUGGAAAUCGUCAAGUCCAUGUCCGAGGGAGAGGAAGCCAAGAAGAGGUUACGGACCAUUCAAACGAAGUUCAAACUGAUUCACCUCAUGACCGGGUGUACGCUGUUCUCUCACAAGGUGAAACUCCCCGACUGGGGAUGGGAACAACAAGAGGUCACCUGCGCCAGAGGAGGCACCCUUCCCAACAGCAUUUGGUACAUCGAGUCGAACGAACAUCCCACGUUGCGCGAAGAUUCCGAGAAAGUCAACUACCGAAACCCGGGAUUCCUGGGUAAGUUCUGGGAGCUUCAGAGAGUAAUGUGGGUGACGAAUGCCGGCUUGGUUGAAUCUCAUGCUUGGGACUCGCGGCCGCCGUCCUGGCCUACGCUGCUCCGUGGUAUCAAUUUCUGGGGCCGAGACCAUCGCCAGGUGUACCUUAUUGGAAACCCAUUGAUCUGGUGGUCCUCUUCCCUAGCCAUCGCCAUCUAUGUGAUCUUCAAGGGUAUUGCCAUCCUCCGGUGGCAGCGUAGCUACGGCGACUACCAGAAUAUUACGUUCAAGCGCUUUGACUAUGAAAUUGGCACCACGGCGCUUGCUUGGGCAUUCCACUACUUUCCCUUCUAUCUCAUGGCUCGCCAGCUGUUCCUGCAUCACUAUCUCCCGGCACUUUACUUUGCCAUUAUGGCCCUGUCCCAAAUGUUCGACUUCGUGCUCAACCGCAUCCAGACGCUUGGUCUCAGCUCUCGGCCCGCGAUCGGCAAAGCGGUCGUUGCGAUCUUCCUCGCUUUCAGUAUUGCGAUCUUCACAAUCUACUCUCCGCUCGCGUACGGCAACCCGUGGACCCGCGACGCCUGCAGGCGGGCGAAACUUCUCGAUAGCUGGGACUUCGAUUGCAAUACCUUUUAUACUGACCUGAGCCAAUACACGACGCAAUUUGUCAACAUCCAGUCGGUGCCGAAGCAGUCCCCUGUUGCUCAAGCGCUGGCAAAUCAACAAGUCCUCAAAGAUGGAAGCAAUGAUGGCGUUGUAAUCCCGCAACCUGGACAACCCCACAUAAUUGGUCGCGAAGAGCGCGUUGAGUACCGUGACCAGGAGGGCAACCUGCUGGACGAGGAGCAGGUUGCCUCUCUCAAGAAAGAAGGCAAGGUCUCGUUUGAAACAAAGUACGAAACUCAAACACGGGUAAUUGACGCGCAUGGCCGAGUGCACUUGAAGGCGGUUGAACACGCACCGCCUCACCCGGACGUGGAAGGUCAGAACCCUCAGACGGGCGGCAAGGGGAAAGGUGAUGAGAGCGCUGUUGGUAACAAGCCAGCCUCUGCAGCCGGUCAGGACAGGUCGGUCCGUGAUGAGGACCAACCCGGCAAGCCGAAACCGGCCAGCGAGGGCAACGAGGCGACUAAGCAGCAGUGA